AUGCUCGAAGAUUUCGCUCCUGGCUGGCGCGGCCCGUCACAAACUGUCAACUUGCCCUCUUUGCACCGAUUCGUCAUCACGUCUUCGGAAGAUCCAUCCAUGUUCCCCGCGUUCCUAGCCUUGGUGUCUCUGCCCGCUCAUACCUUCAUCUCCUUAUCCGUCUUCUCCAUUCCCAUUCCCGGCGAUGAUUUGUGGGACGCCCUCUCCCGAGACGCGAAUGUGCAAAAACGAACGUCGUCUAUGGCCUCCUCAGUCAUCAUCCUGCGCGACCUCGCCGAUGACUCAUCCUUGCGCAUCGUCUUCGACGUCUACUGCAGGUUCCUGUCCACAUUCGACGCCCAACUCGACUGGUUCGACGGGCUCUUCUCCAUCGUCUGCGCGGCCCCCUCGACCCGUACUCUCCACCUCAGUAUAGAAGGGUCGUCCUUCCGGGACCCCGAUCGGCUCGCCGUUCUCUUCCGACGGUGCCCUUCCAUCACCCACCUGGAGCUCCGCGGCAUCUUCGCGGGCGACGCCCUACAUGCCCUCGGCGCCCCCUUGGAUCCGUUGUGCCCAACCUGGCCACGCUCGUCGUACACUUCCCCGUCUCGGCCGCUCCAGGAUACGAGGGGUACGGGUUUGGACCGCGCUUGA